AUGGACCGAGUUCGGAGACUUUUCCCGGACCGGGUGGCCUACGAGCCGCUGGACGGCUCGGCGGAGGUAGAUGCUGGCGAACAUCUACACGACCAAGAAAGACCACCGCCUCGCUUUUCGCGGCUGGAAUACAGCGUGUUCUUCCUGCUAGGAGUAUCUAUGCUAUGGGCAUGGAACAUGUUCUUAGCCGCCGCAACGUACUUUCACAGUCGCUUCGAGUCGGAUGAGUGGACUGCGACACAUUACCAACCUUCGAUCCUCACAGUCUCUACCCUCACCAAUCUCGGAACAGUGUAUGCUUUCGCAAGGAUUCAGAAACAUGUCUCGUACCCGUGGCGUAUCACGCUAUCGCUACUGAUAAACUGCUUCGUCUUCACUCUGCUGGCAUUCUCGACCAUUGUCCUGAAGGACAUAUCGGUACGCGCAUACUUUGGAUUUUUGAUGGUGAUGGUCUUCGGCGCAAGCUUUGCCGCCGGCCUGAAUCAGAACGGUGUAUUUGCGUACGUCUCCGGGUAUGGCAGAGAAGAGUAUACACAAGCGAUCAUGGGUGGACAAGGAGUUGCCGGUGUGCUUCCGUGCAUUGCGCAGAUUGUCUCUGUACUGGCUGUGCCGAGGGCGACCAGUGACGGGCAAGGGCAGGAUGGCGCGGGAGGAUCGUCAUCGAAGUCGGCCUUCAUAUACUUCUUUACGGCGACGGGCGUGUCCGUCUUCACGCUCCUCGCUUUCCUCUAUCUCCUUAGGAACCGACCAAGCCCCAAGCAAAAGGCUACAGACGAAGACGAAGAUGCUCCCCUUGCUGACGACGGGCCUGAUAAAUCCGUCAGCCUGUGGAUGCUGUUCAAGAAACUGCGGUAUCUGUCACUCGCUGUCUUUGUGUGUCUCCAGGUCACGAUGAUGUUCUUCCCGGUGUACACCUCCCAAAUCCUGUCGGUCAACAACUCAGAAAAGUCCCGGAUGUACGACGCAACCGUCUUUAUUCCCCUUGCAUUCCUACUUUGGAAUAUCGGUGAUCUCGGGGGAAGAUUGGCCGUCGCUUACCCCGGGUUCUCCCUAGCACAUCGUCCUCGGUUAGCCUUCGCCCUAGCCGUAGCGCGGUGUAUCUUCGUUCCCUUGUACCUGCUCUGCAACAUUAACGGCAGUGGGGCCGUCGUGAAGAGCGACUUCUUCUAUCUCUUUGUUGUGCAAUUAUUGUUCGGUGCCACCAAUGGGUAUCUGGCAUCGAGUUGCAUGAUGGGUGCGAGCGUCUGGGUAUCGGCGGAUGAACGAGAAGCUGCAGGAGGCUUCAUGAGCAUGAUGCUCAUUGCAGGACUGGCCGCUGGUAGCUUCUUGAGUUUCCUCGUGGCCAGCUGA